AUGUUCACGGCUAGUAAACUAGCCUUCACGCUAACACUCCCUCGUCCAUGUAUUGCACCCUUCACACCAAUUUCUUCCUUCUCUUCUUCGUCUUCUUCUUCUGGUGUCCACCUCAUUCACUUCAAUGGACGCCAAUUAUGCCUCCGUCGCAGGCUAUUUCUAUUUUCUCCUAAGGCCACUGCAGAUCAACAAGGCAAGGUUGGUGAGUUUGAGGAGGAUGCAAACAUUGUUGACAGUAAAAUCCUCCCUUAUUGUAACAUAGACCAAAAGGAGAAGAAAUCAAUUGGUGAACUAGAGCAGGAUUUCCUUCAAGCAUUACAAGCAUUCUAUUAUGAGGGAAAGGCUAUCAUGUCUAAUGAAGAAUUUGAUAAUCUUAAGGAAGAACUCAUGUGGGAAGGAAGCAGCGUUGUCAUGCUAAGUUCUGAUGAGCAAAAAUUCCUGGAAGCUUCUAUGGCCUAUGUGUCUGGAAAACCAAUUAUGAAUGACAAAGAGUAUGAUGAGUUGAAACUGAGGCUAAAGAUGGAAGGGAGUGAAAUUGUGGCUGAGGGUCCAAGGUGCAGUCUUCGUAGUAGAAAGGUUUACAGUGACCUAACUGUUGAUUAUUUAAAGAUGUUAUUGCUGAACGUCCCAGCUACAGUGAUUGCAUUAGGACUGUUCUUCUUCCUUGAUGAUCUGACUGGAUUUGAGAUCACAUAUCUGCUAGAGCUGCCGGAGCCUUUUAGUUUCAUUUUCACUUGGUUUGCUGCUGUUCCCCUCAUUGUGUGGAUAGCUCUGACACUGACAAAUGCCAUUGUAAAAGACUUUGUGAUUUUAAAGGGUCCCUGUCCCAACUGUGGUACUGAAAAUACCUCUUUCUUUGGGACUAUACUGUCAAUUUCAAAUGGUGGUUCCACAAACACUGUCAAAUGCUCCAACUGUGGCACUGCAAUGGAAUAUGAUUCAACUACAAGAUUGAUUACAUUACCAGAAGGAAGUAACGCCUAA